AUGGAACUCGUGGAGAACCUCGCCAUGUCCAAUUACACGAAUGGAGAAGACUUUGACAGGGCAAACCGUUCAGAGGGAUCUAGUAAAGAACAGCGCAUGAAGAAAGAUAUAAGAGAGCUACAGAGCAAGCUUGACAAGGUUCUAAUGGCUACACAAAAGCCAAUACACUUUGUAGGCAAAUUUGAUGAGCAAGGGCCGAGUUUUGAUAAUGUCAAUGAAGAUGGUCUAACUCAAGAGGAGCUAAACUACAUAUGGAAUCAGCAGAGCGCUAUAAUUCAGAGGAAAUCUAUACCAAGAAAGCUAUCCGAUCCGGGCAGCUUUACUUUGUCGUGUGCAUUAGGUCACUUGAAGUUCUCAAACUGCUUAUGUGAUUUAGAAGCUUCUGUGAGCUUAAUGCCUUACACGGUGGCUAAGAGACUGGGAUUCAAAAGCAACAAGCCGGCCAAGAACUCCCUGGUAUUAGCUGAUAGAUCGGUUAGACUACCGGUGGGAUUACUUGAGCAUCUACCUUUGAGAAUCGGUGAAAUAGAGAUCCCCACGGACUUCAUAGUUCUUGAGAUGGACGAGGAACCUCUAGACCCCAUUAUCUUAGGGCGACCGUUCUUAGAAACAGCAGGAGCGAUCAUCGACGUGAGAGGGGGUAUGAUCGAGCUACACAUCGGUUCUGAAACUAUGAAGUUCAACAUGACCAAGGAACAGACCAUUCCGGCUCACCAGACAAGCAAGAACGAAGAGGAAGGCCAGCAAAGGGAAAGCUGUCGCCUUGGCACGAGGUGGGGGAACAAGCAAGAAAACCUCCGUAAGACCUGA